AUGUUGAACGAGUACGUGGCGGAGUUCCACAGCCUUCGUGCGGAACUGGAGAACAUGCUAGACAGCGCUGCAUCAAGAGGAGAUUUAUUUGUAGCAACAGAUUCCAAGCUGAGGGAAAUGAAAGACUGCCUCGGGGCAUUUGAAAUGGAGCUCAGUUCCAUGCCUCCAGCUCAACGGAGCAGCCAUCUAAACCAACUUCAAACAUUCCGUGAUGAGUUCUCCAGGCUUCAGCGCAGGUGCCUUUUCGCGACUAAUCGUGGGCACGAAGCAUCAGCGUCCGCAGAGCUAAAACGCGGGACCCAAGCACUUGAAAGGCUGAACAGUGCAAAUAUUCAGCUUGGCAAUGCGCGGAAACUCGCUGAGGAAACCGAGGAGGUUGGCGCGAACAUCCUGUGCAACUUGUACAUGCAAAGGGAAAGCAUCCAGCGCGCGAAUCUCCACGCAGAGCAGACAAAUUCAAGCCUACGCGAAUCAAGUUCCCUAAUAUCGAAGAUGGGAAAGUGGUGGAGCGGUUUGAUUGGAUAG